GUCGCCCCUCGCCGUCCCUCCGCGCGUGUCGCCGUGUGAACAUGUCCAAAGGCCCGGCCCUCAGGGCGCUGGUGAGCCGCACGCUGGCCGCCGCCGCGGAGGAGAUCUUCGGGCUGUUCGAGCGAACCAUCGCCGAGUACGAGGCCGAGCGACGGGAGCUGCUGGACGGCGUCGUCUUCAAGCGGCGACGGCGGAGCAGCGCGAGGGCAGACGUCCAGCAGAUGUUGGUGGUUGAAGAAGCGGUUCCCCCCGAGCGGCAGCAGUGGAUCUCCGCUCUGGACCAGGAGUCUCCAGAACCCCCACAGAUAAAGGAGGAGCCAGUGGAGCUCUGGACCCUUCAGGGAGGAGAACAGCGCCCCGCGCUGGAGGAAGCUGGUUUCAACUUACCGUUUAUUUCCGUCACUGUGAAGGUUGAAGAUGACGUUGAACUGGUAUCUCAGUCCUCCCAGUUUCCUGAGAUCCAAACUGAGGCGAGCAGAGAGGCGGAGCUUCUGAAAACCGAAGCAGGGAAGGAUAUCUGUGGCGCAUCGGCCAGUAACUUUGAUCCAGAUACUCAUUUUCAGAAAGCUACGCGCAUCGAGACUUCUUUCUCUGAAUCCGAGACCGACGGAGAGUCUUCAUCCUCCUCUGAGUCCGAAUCCGACGGAGAGACUUCAUCUUCCGCUUCCUCCUCUGAAUCAGAGACCGAUGCCGGGACGCCAUUCUGUGAAUCUCAGAGCGGUGUCAUUGGUAGUGAUUGGCAGGAGACUGCGCAGCCUCAGUCGGGUUCGAACUGCGACCUACCUGUAGGCGAUGCUGGCUGCGUGAAAGGAGCGACGAGGUUCGGUGGGAAAUGUUUCAGCUGCCCAGUUUGUCAAAGAAAUUUCAGUUCCAAUGCACAUUUGGUCAGACACAUGAGAAUCCACACUGGGGAGAAACCAUUUAGCUGUUCAGUUUGUGGGAGGAAGUUUGCACUUGACCAUCAUAUGAGGCGACACCUGAGUGUCCACACGGGGGAGGGGCCCUUCAGUUGCGCCUUCUGCAGCAGAGGAUUCUCCCAUCAGAGCAAUCUGCAACAACACGUGAUGAUCCACACAGGGGAGAGACCCUUCAGUUGUUCUGUCUGCGGGAGAGGGUUCACCCAACAGGGCAGUAUGACGCGACACAUGGCCGUCCACACGGGGGAGAAACCGUUCUGCUGUUCUCUCUGCGGGAGAGGGUUCACCCAACACUGUAGUCUGAAACGACACUCCGCCACCCACAGGUGGGAUCCCAUUUAGUUGUUCAUUUUGCGCAAAUAUUGCAUUUUUCUUUCUUUAAGACAAGACCAUGUGGGAAAAACUUUGAUAUAGAAUAGAAUAUACACUUUUAUUAAUCCCCAAGGGGAAAUUAGUUCUCUGCAUUUAACCCAUCCUUAGUUAUUAAGGAGCAGUGGGCUGCGGUGAUGCGCCCGGGAAGCAACUGGGGUUCAGUGC